GAGGAAAGGGGGACAGCAGAGAGGUAGGGGCAUCUUAUUUUACAUAUUUCAUUGAAGAAGAGCUGUGGUUCUGAUUUAGGCAGAUACCUACUGUAAGGACUUUUCACAGUGAAAAAAGAAUUUCUACUGAAAAACUUCUCUACUUGCUGGUGAGCUAUUACUUGAGUAACGCUUGACGUGAGUUGCACAACCAAAGUCCAACGUUAAUACAUUUCUUCGAUGGCUUUCAAAGCAUUCAGACAAACACAUGUCUAUGAAAAGCAAGUAGCCCCAAAAGAAAAGGACAAAUCCAGCAUCCAGUGCCUUGAGUGCUAUGAUCGAAAUGUGUAUAUAGGGACCAAAUCUGCAACAGUCCAGCACCUCAUCCUACCAAGCAGCACAAAUGGAGACCCCAGUCCUGGCUGGACCAAAACCAGAGAAGGUAGGGCAAGAAAACUAGGCUCAAGCAACCCAGUAGCACAUCUGAGGGCAGUCCCACUUUUCAACCAUCUGCUGGUCCUGUGGGACCGGAGCAUUACUGCCCUCAACAUGUUCUCCUUAGAGCCCGUUUCUACUAUGAAGAAAAUCCAGCAUGUGUCUUUGUUUGAGGUGUGCGAGUCAUUGCUCACAGCUCAGGUAGGAUGUGUGGAGAUGGUGACGUCCUCCAGCCGCAGGAAGGCGAUCCGGAUCCACGUGGUGGGAGUGGACAGGUGGGAGGUCGUAAAGGAAGUCCCUCUGCCUCAGGAACCUCUGGCCUUUGCAGUAGAUGGCACCAGUCUGUGUGUGGCUACCUGCGAAAGGUAUCUCCUCUGUGACAUUGAGACUGGCAUUAGUGAGGAACUCUUUCCUCACAACCACAACAGGCAGCGUGUCAUUGUUACCUCAGCGGGACGAGGGGAAUUCCUCCUGAAUGGGCCUGGAUCUUUGGGCAUGUUUGUGAUGAAGACAGGGAUAUGCCAGCGCCCUCCCCUGCAGUGGCCUCUGGAGGUGCUGGCAGCUACAGUAUGUUUCCCUUACAUCCUAACCCUGCAGUCCCAAGUGCUGUCUGUCUACAGCAUGUUAGAUCAGCAGUGCAAACAGACUGUGAGUCUCCACGGAGCGAAGGGCCUGCUCUCCACAUCAGAUGGUGUGUUAGUCUUCACAGAGAGAGACAUUUUCAGCCUGCGUCUGCUGCCAUUCGAAGAGCAGAUCCAAGCACUUGUAGGACAUGAGAGGGUCGAGGAGGCAUUACUACUGCUGGAUGGAGUUCAAAGCCGUUUCCCUCAUGACUCAUACAAGGAGCUGCAGAAGGCCAUCGCUUGCCUGGCCGGAUUUGUUCAUUUUUACCAGGAGGGUUUUUCCGAAGCCAGAGAACUAUUCAUUAAAUGUGAGUUGGACCCCAGAGAAAUCAUCCGCCUCUACCCUGACAUGCAGUCAUGUCUCAGCGAGGACUUUCAGUCCAAGGUUGAUCAAGUGAACAAGGGCAGGGAUCUCCAGGUGCUCUGGCAAGAGGACCGAGACACAUUUCAUCAUUACCUUGCCUUCCUGGGAGAUUUUCUCAGUGCAGUCAGGGGGACAGAGCAGGACUUGAAGUGCACUACGGAGGUGGACUGCGCCCUCCUGAGGCUGUACACAGAACUGGGAGACACUGAAAAUCUGCAGCAGCUGGUGACAUUUCCCAAUGAGUGCAGACUGGAUCAUUGCGUUCCUGUUCUGGAGCGACACAACAGAUUUUUUGCAUUGGGUUCCCUCUAUCAAAGCCAUGGGAAUCAAACUGAUGCAAUAAAGACCUGGGUGAAGAUUGCAGAUGGUUCCCACAAAGACCCCUCUUGCUCAGAUGUAUAUGGCCACAUAGUGUGGACUCUCAGUCAGCUGAAAGACAGAGAUACUGUGUGGAAAUUUGCAGACUGGACUCUGCAAAGACACCAAGAGGUAGGUGUGCAGAUUUUCACUAAGCGUCCACCAGAUGAUCGGCUGGAGACACAAGCCGUCCUUGUUCACUUGGAGAAGUACCCACUGGCAUUGGUUUUGUAUCUUGAGUUCUUAAUCCAUGAUUUGAGCAGUGAGGAGGAGAGGCAUCACACCCGUCUGGCCUUGGCAUAUGUUACCCAGUCGCUGCAAGAGGAAGAGGAAGCAGAUUUGAGGCCGACGAGAAGGAAGUUACAACAGCUGCUAUGGGAAUCCAAAUUCUAUGACAUCUCCACCGUAUAUGGGAGAGUGAACGCAACAACCCUGCACACAGAGAAAGCCGUUCUCCUCGGUAGGACCGGGGAACACUCCCAGGCUCUGCAGGUGCUUGUUCACCUGGAGCGAGACCUCCAGGCUGCAGAGGCCUACUGCUGCAGGGCUGCCCAGGGCCGGGACACUCAGUUCAAGCAGGCCCUGCUGCUCACCCUGCUCCAAAUCUACCUGAAGUCGGAGGAUCUCACCCGCACUGCGGUGGAUCUGCUCAACAACAACCCUCAGGCCUUUACAUCGGAGGUCAUCCAGCUCCUACCAGACUCCUGGUCUGUUCGACUAGUCUCCCACUUCUUGGUUGGAUGCGUCAGGGAGACUGUCCACCAGAGGCGGAUGGUGAGGCUGCAAAAGGCGCUGGCCCAGGCGGAGCUCAUGCAGCACAAGGUCACUUGGAUGCAGGCCUCAAAAACAAAGUUCAGACUGGACAAGGAGCAGAAGUGUAAGGUUUGUCAGAGAAACCUCACAGAGCCACAGUUUGCCUGUAACCUGCGUGGCGAGCUGAUGCACACCAGCUGUACCGGCUUUUCAGCAUCGUAAAGACACGGAUAGACCAGUUUGUUGCCUGUUCAUGCAAAUAUGUGUGUCUAUGCACUCUUGAGAAUCGCAUUCAUUUCUAGCCAGAUAAGUGUCUGCUUCCUAACCGAUAAUUUAUCUAGAUUAGACUGUGUCAUCUAGGCAAACUCUCUACAAGGAUUCAAUUCAAGGACCUUGGACCAGACACAUUCCCUAAUUAGAAAAAAGAAAAUAUAUUGUGUAAAUAACUGGUUUCAAAAUGCAAAAAGAGCGUGCAGUGCACUUUUUCAGAGUGGCAUGUCUGAGCCAUUUCCUAGAGACACUGUAGACAGCAAUAGCUAUAAAGUGAAUUGUGGAGGACAUAGACUCACACUCAGGGACAUAUAUUCACUGAUCAGACAGUGGUGUUUUACAUGGAAACCACCUGUGGUCACCCUGAUGACCAGAGGGAAUUUGACCAUCCUCCACUGCUGUAUAUAUGCAUCCCCACCAUCAUGGUUUCCACUGACUGUGUGUAUUUGUCUGCAUAGGCCUGAAAUAGAAAGUCAACACGCUGCACGUGAGAGAGCUUCUUUUAUUCAGCCUGUGCAUUAAUAUAAUUUAUGACCAAAAAAACAAUUACAGGUUUGGAAAUGAGGAGCAAACAGCUCGUGGAAGUGCAGAGUAUUGGGUUUUUUCUGUUAUAAACUACUUUUACAAGCAACCAAAUGACGUGUCUGUGCUUUGUAUGGAAUGUGAAAUCAGAAGCAAUUUUUACCAACAUCAUCCCUAUGUUUUUAGGGAAGAUCACAGACAUGUAUUCCAAAUAAUAACACACAAUGUCCACAUGCAAGGUAUGGAAAUCUUGUAAAUAAACUUAAACACAUAUCAUUAACUCAGAUGACACCAGACUCGAGAUGUAUUUUGUCUAUUUCUGUCAGAAUUUAGUCAUUAAGGCUAACCAUAACUGUGAGUAUUUCUUUAUCCUGAUGCGUUUUGGGACAAGCGUUAAGGAGACGCCUAAAGGGGCUGGAACCAUAACUUUGCUGGACGGCUUGUACGUUUUUGGCCUGUGGUGAGUGACUAAUUGCAAUGUAGAUAAAUAGUGAAUUAUGAGCAUGUUAGAGGGGAUUAUGUCUUUGUGAUGCCCUUGCCAAGAUUUCUUCCAUUUUUCCUUCCUAAUGAGGGGCUUGUGGGAGUUUCUCAUAUUUCUCUCUGAGGGACUAAGGCAACUGAGUGUUGUGUUCUUUUAUUGUUUCACAGUGGGGGUGUUAGGAAGCCUUUUGGAGAGUGUAACUAGGAUUA